AUGGCCAGUGGGAUGCCAGUUUUCCUGCUCCUCCUCUGGACAACAAACACAGCUCAAGGUGCAGGAGUCCAGGUUUUGCCACCUGUUAACUUCACCCUCACAGUCUCUGCAUUAGCACAAGUGCUGUUACACUGGGAGCCAAACCCUGCUCAGGAACAAAACAACUCCACCAUUAGAUACGAUGUGACAAUCCUGAGCCCUGAGCCAGAAGAGUAUGACACCAGGAGGACUCGCAGCGUGCGAACGGCGGCGCUUCACAACGGCUUCUCCGCCCGCGUGCGCACCUUGCUCCUCCAGGAGGGCCUCCAGAUCAGCAGCGACUGGGUGGAGGGAAACCUCCCACCUCUGCCAGGUGCUGCAGAGACCUCUGUCACCAACCUGUCCUGUGUCACCCAUGUCACCAUCCCUGGCAAUGUCUCUCUCCAUUGCAGCUGGCUCCCUGGCCAAGGGGCUCCAGAAGACACCAAAUAUUUCCUGUUUUACAGGUAUGAGACACACACAGAGGAAUGUCCCACUUACAGCAAAGACAAGUGGAGCAGGAAUAUUGAGUGCAGAUUUUCAAGUACUCAGAUUCAGCCUGGUGAGAUUGACAACCUCAUUGUCGUUCACAUUAAUGGCUCCAGCAAACGUGCUGCAAUCAAGCCUUUUCAGCAGCUAUUUAACCAAAAUGCCAUUGAGAAAGUGAAUAUUCCCAGAAAUAUCAGCAUAUCCCUGGAGCAAAACGAUCUCCUGGCCACGUGGGAGAAGCCAAUUUCUCCUUUCCACGAGGAAUGUUUUGAAUAUGAAUUUUAUCUCAUCAACCUGAAGUCAGGUAACAAGCAGAUCCUGAGUCUCUCCUCCAGCAGUUUCCAGCUGCGGGUGGAUGCCAGCAGCAGAUAUUCCAUCAGGAUCAGGGCCAACCUCAACCACAUCUGCCGUGCCCCAGGAGUCUGGAGUGACUGGAGUGACAUCAUUUAUGUUGGACAAAAUAAAAUGGAGAAUUCCAUAGCCUGGAUUCUCACUCUGCUCUGUGUGUCCACAUCCUGCACACUGCUGUUUUUAGCAGCAGUUUGCUCCAUAAACCACGUUUGGAGUAAACUGUUCCCACCAAUCCCAACGCCCAGCAACAAAUUCCGAGACCCUUUCCCCAUUGACUAUGAGAGAGCACGGACCUGCCCCAGCUCCACGGAGACCGAGGUGGGCAGCCUGGCUGAAGGCUUCUCCUGCAGUGUCCUCGAUGACUCCGUGUUCUGA